AUGGCAACGAUAUACACCACCGUCCCAGACGGCCUCAUCCCUCUCCUCACCUCACACCUCCCUCACUCACUCCCCGUCCUGCGUCGUUUACAAUUCACCAAAGUCCCAGGCGGCCAGCGCCCAACGGCGCGAAUCAUCUUCGCCGCAGAUGGUACCUCCCCAGACUCCUCGCCGCGCAAUUUCUCUGCGGCAUACCUCGACUUUGGUUCGGGGAUGGAGACGUCGCUGUUCAUGUACUCCACCCUCGAAGAUAACCCCUCUGCGGCCGCGGACGACAGGCAGACUUGCGAGGCGCAGAUUCUGGCUGUUAUCGACGCCGUGAAGCAAAUCAGUAAGGAGCAGCCUGAGAAUAGGGGGUACCCCGGUGGAUGUCUUGUGGGGACUCUGGCGACGGUUGUGAGGGAGGUGUUGUUUGCUCGCGGUGUGAGGGUGAAGCCCCGUGCAGAUUACGAGUAUCAGAAGUGGUUAUUUAGGGUUGAGGAUAUUCCCGACUUUGACGUUGUGUUGCCCGAGGGCGCGACGUGGGAGCCUGCGAAUGAAAAGGAUUGUGAGGUUGUUAUUUCGAGGACGCAUAUCCCGCGCCAAGUGAAAACUCUCUUGACAUUCCCCAGUCUGGUAUUAAAGCUGGCGGAUGGGACGCCUAUUGCUUGGUCCUUCUUGGGCACGGAUGGCUCAUUGUCAAGUCUUCAUUGUGAGGAACCGUAUCGUAAGAGGGGAUAUGCAAAGGCACUCGCAGCAAAGCUCAUUAAGAGGAGCACUAUCGAAUAUGGCCCAGAUGGAUGGGGCUCGGCUGAUGUUGCGCCGGAUAAUCUGGGAAGUCGGGGCAUGUGUAAGAGUUUAGGAGGUAAACAUGCAUGGAAUUGUUCAUGGAAUAUCCUUCAACUUGAGGAAGAGGCCAAGAAUUGA